CGGCCGGGAAUUUGACCUACGCGAGGCGAGCACUACCCACGCGUCUUCUCCACGCAUCUCUCUCGCUCGAUCUCCCGUCGUUGAGUUUUAUCGCUCCUCCUCCUCCACUUUAUAUAUACCCUCGCCCUCGCCGUCUCCUGUGCUCCCAAUUCCUCGGCAUUAACCGCAUCUUUACACAAAUAUCUGGCAAUGGCGGGGGUUUUCCUCGCACGCUCCGCCUCUCGCCUCUCCUCCUCCUCCUCCGCGCUCUCCCGGUCCGCUUGCCUCCUCCCCUCGCUCUCCUCUUCCUCUCCCGCUCCGCCGCCCUCGAACCCUAGCCCCCGUUCUGCUACCACCUUUCCGCCGCCAGCUCGCCAUCUUGCCGAUUUACGGUCUCCGAUCAGCCACCGCGCCCUCGUCCGCUCCUCCGCCGCCGUCGCCGACCGAUUUGAACGCCGGUUCGCCACCAUGGCCUCGAAGAACUCGUACGAGAGCAUCUUGACGACGCUUUCGAAGCCGGGAGGUGGGGAAUUUGGGAAGUACUACUGCUUGCCGGCGCUAACUGACCCCAGGAUCGAUCGGCUGCCGUACUCGAUAAGGAUUCUUUUGGAGUCGGCAAUUCGGAACUGUGAUGAGUUCCAGGUGACUGGGAAGGACGUGGAAAAGAUCUUGGACUGGGAGAACACCUCGCCUAAGCAAGUUGAGAUUCCCUUCAAGCCUGCUCGUGUUCUCCUUCAGGAUUUCACUGGUGUUCCAGCUGUUGUUGAUCUUGCAUGCAUGCGAGAUGCUAUGAAGAAUCUUGGGAGUGAUCCAAAUAAAAUCAACCCCUUGGUACCUGUGGACCUUGUUAUUGAUCACUCGGUGCAGGUUGAUGUGGCAAGAUCACAAAAUGCAGUGCAGGCAAAUAUGGAACUUGAAUUUCAUCGUAACAAGGAAAGAUUUGGUUUUCUCAAGUGGGGUUCGAAUGCUUUCAGUAACAUGCUUGUGGUUCCACCAGGAUCUGGCAUUGUCCAUCAGGUGAAUUUAGAAUAUCUUGGUCGUGUUGUUUUCAACAACGGGGGACUGCUUUACCCUGAUAGUGUGGUUGGGACUGAUUCUCAUACAACCAUGAUAGAUGGGUUAGGUGUUGCUGGCUGGGGUGUUGGUGGAAUUGAGGCAGAAGCCGCAAUGCUUGGCCAGCCGAUGAGCAUGGUACUGCCUGGAGUUGUUGGUUUCAAACUUGGUGGAAAAUUGAGGAAUGGUGUGACCGCUACAGACUUGGUUCUGACUGUGACCCAGAUGCUUCGGAAGCAUGGAGUCGUUGGGAAGUUUGUUGAGUUUUAUGGAGAAGGCAUGAGUGAACUUUCUUUAGCAGAUCGUGCCACUAUUGCAAAUAUGUCCCCUGAGUAUGGAGCAACUAUGGGUUUCUUCCCAGUUGACCAUGUCACACUGCAGUAUUUGAAACUGACUGGAAGAAGUGAUGAGACUGUGGCCAUGAUAGAAACAUACUUACGAGCCAAUAAAAUGUUUGUUGACUACAGUCAGCCACAAACUGAAAGAGUAUACUCAUCUUAUUUGGAGUUGAAUCUGGAAGAUGUAGAACCAUGCAUAUCAGGACCUAAAAGGCCUCAUGAUCGAGUCCCUUUGAAGGGAAUGAAAUCAGAUUGGCAGACUUGUUUAGACAACAAAGUUGGCUUCAAGGGUUUUGCUGUGCCAAAAGAAUCACAGAACAAAAUUGCAGAAUUUUCUUUCCGUGGUACACCUGCCCAGAUUAAGCAUGGUGAUGUUGUGAUUGCUGCAAUUACCAGUUGCACGAACACAUCAAAUCCUAGUGUAAUGCUUGGAGCUGCUUUGGUUGCAAAGAAGGCUUGUGAGCUGGGUCUUGAGGUGAAACCAUGGAUUAAGACUAGUCUUGCUCCAGGUUCUGGAGUUGUGACUAAAUACCUGGAGAAGAGUGGUCUGCAGAAGUACUUGGACCAGCUGGGUUUCAAUAUAGUUGGAUAUGGGUGCACUACCUGCAUUGGAAAUUCUGGUGAGCUGGAUGAAGCAGUAUCAGCUGCCAUAUCUGAGAAUGACAUAGUUGCUGCUGCUGUGUUGUCUGGGAAUAGGAACUUUGAGGGGCGUGUACAUCCUUUGACCAGAGCAAAUUAUCUUGCAUCACCUCCCCUUGUGGUAGCUUAUGCUCUUGCUGGCACGGUUGACAUUGACUUUGAAAAAGAACCUAUAGGGACCUCGAAGGAUGGAAAGAAGGUUUACUUCAAGGAUAUUUGGCCCUUGAAUGAAGAGAUAGCAGAUGUUGUACAAUCUAGUGUGCUUCCAGACAUGUUUAAGGAAACAUACAAGGCAAUAACCAAAGGGAAUCCCAUGUGGAACCAGCUGUCAGUGCCAUCUAGUACUCUCUACACAUGGGAUCCUACAUCAACAUACAUUCAUGAACCUCCUUAUUUCAAGGACAUGACGAUGUCACCCCCCGGUCCACAUCCUGUGAAAGAUGCUUAUUGCUUGCUGAACUUCGGUGACAGUAUCACAACAGAUCACAUUUCACCUGCCGGAAGCAUUCACAAGGACAGUCCAGCUGCCAAGUACUUGAUGGAGCGUGGUGUUUCUCCGAAAGACUUCAACUCAUACGGGAGUCGCCGAGGAAAUGAUGAGGUUAUGGCAAGGGGAACAUUUGCAAACAUUCGCCUCGUUAACAAGUUCUUGAAAGGAGAAGUUGGUCCCAAAACCAUUCACGUUCCCUCUGGCGAGAAACUUUCUGCAUUUGACGCUGCCACGAGAUACAAAAGCGAGGGGCAUGAUACUAUAGUAUUGGCAGGUGAAGAAUAUGGAAGUGGAAGUUCUCGUGAUUGGGCCGCAAAGGGCCCGAUGCUACAGGGUGUCAAAGCAGUGAUAGCGAAAAGCUUUGAGAGAAUUCACCGUAGCAACCUUGUCGGCAUGGGAAUUAUCCCCUUGUGUUUCAAGUCUGGGGAAGACGCAGAGACCCUCGGCUUGACAGGUCAUGAACGUUACACCAUCCACCUACCAAGCAAUGUGAGUGAUAUCAAACCCGGACAGGAUGUCACAGUGACGACAGAUACUGGCAAGUCAUUCACAUGCACGGUUCGCUUUGACACCGAGGUGGAGCUAGCAUACUACAACCACGGUGGAAUUCUGCCAUACGUCAUUAGGAGCUUGAUCAAAGCCAAUAAUUAAUUUUGAGCACGGAUCGACAAGGAGCCGUUCCUGUAUAACAUCGUCUUUUCAUUUUUAUUUAUCGGGUUUAAAAUAUUUCAUUGUGUGCGUUUGGGCACAGGCAUUGUGAAAUCGGUCUUGGGUUUUUUCCAUCAAACCGGCCCAAGAAAUAAAAAGGGCACCACCACCUGAUAACCCUCAAGAGAUUUUUAUCACAUUAAGUGCUUCAGCACAUGAUGAUGGCUCGUCGAUGAUGAUAGGAAAUUUAUUUGCUGGACUGAUCAAAUCAAGUUGCUAUGUUGAGCCAUUACUUUC